GACAUUUCACCGGAAGUCGGGCGAGUCAGUACGUGGCGGAGGCUGCACUAGGGCGGUCCUACGUUCUUUCGUGCCGUUGUAGAGCUGCUGUUUGUGUGUUAAGAGUAUCCGAGUUACUGCGUGCAAAAUUUAUCUCAUAACGCAAGAUAAUACAAUGUCCAUGUCGGGCGAAUUCGGAAACCCGUUGAGGAAAUUCAAGCUCGUCUUCCUCGGCGAGCAGAGCGUGGGCAAAACCUCGCUUAUCACAAGGUUUAUGUAUGACUCCUUCGACAACACCUACCAGGCGACCAUCGGCAUCGACUUCCUGUCCAAAACUAUGUAUCUCGAAGAUAGAACGGUACGGCUCCAGCUCUGGGAUACUGCAGGCCAAGAGAGGUUCCGCAGCCUUAUUCCCUCGUAUAUCCGAGAUUCUACAGUAGCUGUUGUUGUGUAUGAUAUAACAAAUGCAAAUUCCUUCCACCAAACCUCUAAAUGGAUAGAUGAUGUGCGAACAGAGCGAGGAAGUGAUGUAAUCAUCAUGCUUGUAGGCAAUAAGACUGAUUUGUCAGAUAAGAGACAGGUCUCCACGGAGGAAGGCGAACGAAAAGCAAAGGAGCUUAAUGUUAUGUUCAUCGAGACUAGUGCGAAAGCAGGAUACAACGUGAAGCAGCUGUUCCGGCGAGUCGCUGCUGCUCUGCCAGGCAUGGAGCCCACCGACAACAAGAAGGUUGACACAGUCGACCUGCGCCCUCAGCCCCCCCCACAGGAGCAGCAACAGGACCAGGAAGGCAGUGGGUGUAUAUGCUAGGAUGCGGCCUUCAUGCUCUAGUCUCUCCACGUGUCCUCACACUUCUAUCCUCCCCCCAAGCAAGACUACCACAGCAUCCCAUGUUGAUAUUGUUGUUUCUCUGAUGCAUUUGCUGUAGGUCGUAUUAUGGAUAUUAUUAUUAUUAUUAUUAUUAUUAUUAUUAUUAUUAUUUUAUCAUUUUUUUAUUUUGCUAAGUGCAUUAUGUUCAUUAAUAUUUAUUUAUAUAUACAUUUAUAUAUAUGUAUGUAAUAUAUUUAUAUGUAAUAUAUAUAUAUGUAUGUAAUAUAUUUAUAUGUAAUAUAUAUAUAUAUGUGUAUGUGUAUGUGUAUGUAUAUAUAAUAUAACUUUUUCUUUUUCUUUUUUCCUUCCUUAUAGAUUACACAAGACCAAGUCAGUAAUUUGAGUAGUUUUCCUUUCAAGACUGUUGUCUGUUUUCAUCAUUAUCCAAUGUGGUAUUUGUUGCCUAACUUUUGGUGCUACUUUUUUUCUUUUUUCUUUUUUUUCUUUUUUCCUUCUUCAUUAUUACUCUCAUCUUCGGACUCAAUUUCCCAGCUGAUAUUCAAUAGCUGCCUUAAAAAUGACCCUUUAAUGUUUAGAGGGUUCUGUUUUAAGGUAUCUGUUAUAUACUUUGUUGCAUUUUUUUCUUCACAUUGGGUGCUAUGUGUUAUUGUAAAAGAAAUGAGAUAUUUCUUUCUGGUCCAUUGCAUUUUGGUAUGAAAUAUAUGUUUAAAAAAAUGCUAAUGUAUAUACUGUUCUUUUUCAUACACUUCUUUGACUUGUAGGUCUGUGUAGAUUCUACCCCCCCCCUUCCCAAUAUUUUCUUUAUUUGAAUUGUUAAUUAAAAAAAAAAUCUUUUUGGUGGCAUAGUUUAUCUUGAGUUACAGUUUUGAAAGUCAAAUUAAGUGAACUUGUUACUUUUUCUUUGUAUAUUUAACCCCUCCAGGAAGCACUCUUUGGUCACAACUGAUGCUAACAGAAGAAGGGCCAUGACAUGUAAUGACAAAUGUGUUAAAAGUGGCUAAUAGUUAAGGUUGGUGUCUGCAGUGACUGCCUCCAAAAUCUUGCAGCAGGAACACCAAGAGCAGUACCUUCAGGAAUCCAGCCUGUUGCUUGCAUGUACCAAGAGCUGUUCUUUGUACCAUUGAGAGCUGAGAAUUGUCAAAGACAGUUCAUCGUGGCAGGUUCUAUGUGGAGAAAUAUGGAAAAAGGAAAAACAGAAGAGCAAUCAUUGGACUCCUGACUGACCAACACUAUAAAUAACUUUUCUUUUGUCUUUAACUUUUAUUUAUACUUUGAUUUACUUAAUUUGAAAAUAAAACUUCCUCAAAAAAAGAAUGCAUACUCUACCUAUUUUACGAUAAAAAAAAAAAAAAAUGUUGGCAGUUAUCAUCAUCUCAAUAUUAUUGCAGUUAUUAUUAUGUGCAUUAUCUUUUGUUUAAACAUUUAUCUUUCUUAUUGAUAAAAGUGAGAGGCAGCCCCUUCACAGCACGGGAGAAACUGGAGCAUAAUUGAUAUACUGUAAGGAUUUGGGGCUUUGAAGGAGCCUCAUGACAGACGCUUGCUCCUCUAAGGGAAGCAAAUCUAUUUAAAUUCCACAAACUUACUUUAUUCUUAGGUUUUCAUAAAUUUCUACAUUUUUGCAAAUUUUGACUAAGGCUGAAACACACCAGAUGACUAACAGAAAAUUGUGAUUUCAGUAAUAUAUUAAGCUUUAAUGUUCUAUUUAUGGGCUAUUGCACUCUCCUAGAUUCCAUAACUAAGUAGUAACUUUCAUUCCUGUACAAAAACUUGCAUAUAUCUAUCUAUGUGCCUAGGAUUUGUUCAUCUUGGAAUUGGCUCAAUUGUACAUUCUGUAAGAGAGGCAUAACCUAAACAUGUUUUAUUACCUCCAGAGUUGUUUAAUUGACAGGCUUUGAGGACAAAGACCUGUAGUGUCAAGAAACAGUGUAAUUGUUUUAUAAGAAAUUGAUGUUGCUGUUGGUUGUGUGGACACUUAAAUCAGAAACUCACUAAUGAUAACAACACUUGUGAAGUGCUCAAUUCUCAUUAUUGUUUUACUGUGACAAUUGUUCCAGCAGCAACAUGACAACCUGUGAUUGCUUUGGAUAGCACUCAUAAUUUUUACCAGUAUGCCAGAGAGGUUCAGGGGCUGACCUUCCACGGCAAAAAGUUUAAUCAGUUUGCUGUCACCAUUGCAGAGCUGAGGUGGCUUUUUUGAACAACUCUUGGUAAAUUGUUAGCAGUGAUGAGUGUUACCUUGUUUGUGUGUAUGUGCUCCCACAACUUUUGUUGGGGGUACUGAGGGACAGUGAAUGAUUCAUUAUGAUUGGCUGUUGUCUUCCUGUUAUGACCAAACAUCUCCCUCACGCCUCAAACAUUGGACUGUGGAAAUAGAGUAGAAAGCACUUGGCUUCAGCAUUUUCAAUAGCAGAGCUUCUAGGUGUUAGCACAUACAUUCCCAAAUGUUGUAGAAAAUCAAUACACUUGCAUUGUGUGAAGAAUACUGCUUAUUCAUGAUCAUAAAACUCUUACUUAGAAUAUUAACUAGGUUACUUUUAAAAGUAGGACAUGACCACUACUUAAUAAACAUUGCUCGCUUCUUGGAAGUAUACAUUAAAAUAUUUAAUAUAUCUUGAUAUAUGUAGAUAACCAAGCAGAUAAAAGGUUGUAUCUUGAAUUAAGGGUCCAGAUAGAUUAUAUAAGGGUAUUUCACCAAGAAUGGACUCCUCAGGAAGAAUUGAAAUCACUUUAAGCAGAAGAGCUAAAAGGCACUCAGCACACACAUCUUGCCCAUUGGUGGGUUAGAAAAAAUAUAUAUAUCUGUAUACAAUGAUCAAUUCUCUGAUGGAUCCUCUUUUUGACGAAAUAUUCUCAAAAGUGGCUUUAACCGGUUCAACCUUCUAUUUAUUUGCAAUAGUAUUAGUAAUGUGUUGCUAGCUACCCAUUUCUGGUAACCUUUCUCCAAAGUACAUUUGAUUCUGUGGAUUGUCAGAGCCCUGAAGCUGCAUAAGUGCUUUCAAAUAGAUGUACCUGUAACAAGGUAGGCAAUACAAACCUGUUAGGGUUUUGGAAAAUUUUUACAGUUGAUUUGGGAUUAUGGACUUAUGGGAUACUCACUUGCAUUUUAUGUACCUAUCUCCAUCAAAACUGAGCUGUUAUAUCAUCUCUCAGCUGUUGGUAAUCUGCUUAUUGCCAGGUGUGUAGUUCUGAAUAUAAGUAAAGAUGUUUUUCAAGAGAGAGGUUUCUUUCUUUUAUGACACAAUGCCCAUAAAUUUUGUUCCUUGCACAUGGUUCUUGAAAAGAAAAUAGAGAAUAAAAAUAAAAUACAUGGAAAAUGAAAAGGAGAUUCAAAUUGUGCAGCUUUACAUGCCAUAAAUAAGGAAGUUAUAGCCAAUGAACCCAGCAUCACCUCCAAAUUAUAUAUCGUCAAAAGUGCUAAGUGAAUCAUAGCUUCACUGGACAGUGUUACAGUGCAUUUCAGUUUGCUGAAGGCUUUAGAAUUUAUGCAAAGGAAACCAUAAUGCUUGUUCUUGACUAUCUAAAACAAGAUGUAUUUUUUCCAAACAAAGGUAAUGCCCCAGAGAUUUCUUUCUCAAGAUAGCCUAAUAGUCUGCAAUAUCAUUAAUGAUUUGAUUCAGAUUGGAUCAUGACAACUAAUUAAAAAAUGUUAACAGAAGGUAUAUCAGCUUCUAUCACACCAUAGCACACUUUCGUUUACUUUCACUGUUCAUAGAAAAUUACAUAUGUAAUAUUUUAGGGAUAAGUUUACACCAAAAUUAUUUUCCCAUGGAGAUUUCAAGAAUUUACAUCUCCAUUUUACAAAUUAAUGUGUUUGGAAUAGCACUGGGAAGUUCUUAAUUUGAAGGAAGCCUGUUCUUUGAAAUGAAUACAUGGAUAUUGGAUAAAAUAGACCAACAGUAAUUUUCCAAAAAAGUUGAAAAGCUGGUAAAAUUCAAGUUUUUGCUAAAUAUUGUUGAUUAGUUUGGGUUUUCAUUUAUAUUGUUCAUGAAUAUUUUCAGCAAUGUAUUGGUAGGUUUAUAGGGGAAAAAAUAGCUCUAUCAAUUAGCUUAACAUUUAUUUACCUAAUGGUAAUGUGAACCCAUGCACUUGCCUGCAUAUUGAGAUUAUUAUUCCUUUGCCUUUUUCAUUCUGUAUAUUUUUUCCUUCUUUCCACUUUUGGUUUUAAGUUGACAUUCCAUGAGAGAAUCUGCACAUUAGAAAUUAUAGGGCAUAUUUUGCACUGCCGUCAAAGUGUUUUAUAUUGUUAUUUUUAGAAGAAAUGAAUGAGUGUGAUAGUAUGUGUACAUACACAUGUAGAGAUAAGUAGACACCUAUUUAUCUUGGAAAAUGGCAGCAUAACUGGAUAUUUGUGAUUAUGAAGAUGUAAAAAAAAAAAAAAAUAGAAAUGCUAUUACUUCAGUACAGUUCAUUUCAGCAUUUACUGAGAGAACUGCAUAUAAAUAUGAUUAAGUUCUAUCGGGAUGUAAAGACGUCCAGUUAUGUCUGAUUUGCUCAGUGCUAAGUCAAUGGCCUUGCAACUUAAUACUAGAGGAAAAGGAAAUAAGAUGCUAGACUUUUUUUUAUUAAUUCAUUUUUUUCAGUUACCCAUCAUACAGUUACUGAUAUAUAUUAGAAGAUAUGUAUGGUAAUGAUAUGUGACAAUCAGUGAUCAUAGAUAUGCGGAAAUCAGCCGUUUUGACAGCACAGUACUAAUUGAACACCCCUAAAAGUAUGCGUUAUAUAAAACGGGAAAAUAAACAGAUAGUGUGAGGUUGAGUUUAGUGUGAAGAAUUUUUGUUCAACAUUUUUGCCUAAACUGUGGGGAAUUAAGAGCAUGACAUUUAGGUAUGAAGUAACGAAAACUAUGAAGGAAGUAACUUGUAAUUGUAAAAAGGAAAUGUAAUACUUGGGAAUCUUCAAGGAAAUCUUUACACUUACUAACUUUUUAAAUCAAAAAUACUUAGUAUAUACCCAAAGCUCAUGUUGAUACAAUUCAGUUUCAUAUCAGACUUGAACGAGUAUUAUACAAAGUACGAGGAACUAGAAAUGUAAAUAUGAAAAGUUUUUUUUUCAGAAAAAAAGAAUAUUUAGCACAUCGCAAAAUGCUGCUCCUCCCCCAUCCCCGUCGAUAUUACAGUUAAAGUUACUUUCUUUUUGCAACACCCUGUUUGUGACAUUGCAGAAUAAAUUGUGAGAUUAUGUU